CGGAACUUGUAAUAAUUAGCACAAAUUGCGUAUUAAUAUAUUUUGUAUAUAUACCAGAAUAUUUAUCUGUUUAUCACUGAAUUCCCACCCAGCAAACAUAAUGAAAGCCACACUUGCCGUUGUCGCCGUCUUGGGUCUUUUUGCCCUAAACUGUGUUAGUGCUGAUGGUUACGGCAAUGGAGGUGAAUACAUGAAAGGUGGCUGGUCCGGGUAUGGUAACCAAGGAUACGGAAUGGGAGGUUACCAAGGAUAUGGCAAAUCAGGUGGUUACCAUGGAUACUCCGGAUAUGGAAAGAAGGGAGGCUACGUUGACGAAAUCACACACUACCAACCGCUCCCAGUUUAUGGAGGCGCUAUGGCUGGUCCAUAUGCUGGUGGAUAUGGUGGAGAUUUGGCCGGUGGUAUUGGCGGAGGGAUGGACGGUGGUCUGUUCGGACAAGGUGGAGGCCUUCUGAUGUUUUUCGUCUUGCUUCUUCUUUUGAGCAACAACAAUGGCAAUGGUUUAUUCGGUCGUUGAUUUUGCAUAAUUGUAGUGUAAGAUGAGAUGUCAGUAAUGAUAGAAACUAGAAGAAUUAAGAAACCUGUGAUUUCUUGAAAAGCACAAAAAGAUCGUGUGAACUGUAGUGCAUUAAAAAGGAGAAACAGAUGUGUAUUGUUACAUUUCUGAUAAAAAUUGUAAUAUUCUAUGCAUUGUAAUUGUAAAACAAAUGUGAUAAACGAAAAAUAAAACUUUAAAAUAUUAA